UUUCAGUUUUCACACAGUUGCUCAGGUUAGACGACCCAUAAGACAUCUGAAUAAUUUAAAUAUAAAACAACACAAAUAACAGCAUAGCAAAGACAACAUGUCAGUACAGAGCGCACUGCCUUACCUGAUGCCCCUUCACAGCCACAGAGUUCCCAUCUCCCCCGGUCGCCAGCGCAGGCACACUCUUCCUGCCAGCGAGUUUCGUUCCCUCAACACGGAGGACGCUAUCAGUGUAUUCGAGAUAGAGAGAGAAGCUUUUAUAUCUGUGACUGGGGAAUGUCCUCUUCAUCUGGAUGAGGUCCGACACUUCCUAACCCUCUGUCCUGAGCUUUCUUUGGGCUGGUUUGAACAGGGAAGGCUGGUCGCUUUUAUCAUUGGUUCACUCUGGGACCAGGACCGUCUUACCACAGAUGCAUUGACUUUGCAUAAGCCUCAUGGGACUACUGUCCACAUCCAUGUGCUGGCAGUCCAUCGGACCUUUCGCCAGCAGGGCAAGGGAUCCAUCCUGCUGUGGCGUUACUUACAGUAUCUCCGUUGUCUACCAUAUGUCCGCCGUGCAAUGCUCAUGUGUGAGGACUUCCUGGUGCCUUUUUACCAGAAGUCUGGCUUUAAGGUGCAUGGUCCUUCUGAGAUCACUGUAGGGCAACUCAGCUUCAUUGAUCUGUAUUAUCCUGUGCAGGGACAUGCAUUUAUGCGCCGUAACAGUGGCUGUUAAUGAAUUCACUAAUUUGUGUAAGGCGCCCCAAAAAGACUAAGAAGUGAAUUACUGGUUGUGUUGAAACAGCUUUUUGUUCAUAAAUAUCUUGUGGUGUUUUGCUACCUGUCUGUCCACUUAGGCGCUAAAAUGGUCAGAAAUUGUUAAAAAAUGGUCCGAAAAAGACUCACCCUACAACUUGAACUAAUUUAAUAAUUGUUAACUUUUUGUUUAUCUUAUGAGACAGUUUAACUGAUAGAC